AUGGCCCAAGUUAUUGUCGUCGGUGGUGGUCUCGCCGGUCUCUCGGCUGCGCACACACUCCUCGAGCGGGGGGCCAAUGUGCUCAUGCUUGACAAGCAACCGUUCAUGGGUGGUAACUCCACUAAGGCCACGUCAGGUAUCAAUGGUGCCGGUACGCAAACUCAACAGGAAGCUGGCAUUCCGGACAACGCCAAAAUAUUCUUCGAGGAUACCAAGCGCUCUGCUCGCGAACUCGCACGAGACGAUCUCAUCGGAGUUUUGACUGGCCGCUCGGGUGAUGCUGUCAACUGGUUACAAGACAAGUUUGGUCUGGACCUUUCCAAGGUUGCGCGUCUUGGUGGUCACUCUCAGCCUCGUACGCACAGAGGAAAUGCACAAUUUCCUGGAAUGGUCAUCACCUAUGCGCAAAUGGAACGUCUUGAGGAUCUCGCCCAAUCCAUUCCCGACCGCGUAACGGUUAAGAAGAAGGCUCGUGUUGUCAAACUUAUUCAGGAUGGUGAUGCUAUCAUUGGCGUCGAGUAUGUGCAUAAUGGCAAGACCGAGACCGCGUAUGGGCCCGUCAUUCUCGCUACCGGUGGCUAUGCCGCGGAUUUCACACCUGAUUCUCUUUUGAAGAAGUACCGACCCGAAUACUACGAGCUACCCACCACGAAUGGCGAACAUUGCACGGGUGAUGGCCAGAAGAUGGCACUUUCGAUCGGUGCAAAUGCUGUGGACUUGGAGAAGGUUCAGGUACAUCCGACUGGGCUGGUUGACCCUAAUGAACCCGAGGCGAAGGUCAAGUUUUUGGCGGCUGAGGCAUUGCGCGGUGUGGGUGGUCUUCUUUUGGAUAACGAGGGGCAGCGGUUCGUUGACGAGUUGCAACAUCGCGACUACGUCACUGGCAAGAUUUGGGAGAAUGGCAAAUAUCCAGUCCGCCUCAUUCUCAAUGGCACAGCAUCUAAGGAGAUAGAGUGGCACUGCAAGCACUAUGUCGGUCGUGGAUUGAUGAAGCGAUAUGAGAGUGGUGCUGCUCUUGCGAAAGAUAUGGGUCUUAAGCCCGAGGUGUUGAAAAAAACUUUCGACGACUACAACGCUGUUGCGAAGUCUAAGAAGGAUCCCUUCGGGAAGAAGUUUUUUGUACCUGGCGAGUGGACUAUGGAUGACUAUUUCAACGUGGCUAUUAUGACGCCUGUCCUUCACUAUACUAUGGGCGGUCUUGAGAUCGAUCCUGAAUCCCGUGUGCUGUCCAAGUCAGGCAAACCUAUUCCCGGAUUGUUCGCUGCUGGUGAAGUCGCUGGUGGUGUACACGGUGCAAACCGGUUGGGCGGCAGUUCGCUCUUGGGUUGUGUUGUCUUCGGGCGCGUCAGUGGAGACUCUGCGGCGUCGUAUCUGCUUCAACGACUUGGUCCGUUGGCGGAGAAGGCUGCAGGGCGUUUGGGCGUUGUUGCUGGCCACCUCGGUGCGGAUUCAAGCUCCAAGCCGACCACGUCAGAGUCGAAAGCAGAGACUGGUGCGAAGAGUUCUGCGUCUGGGUCCUUCACGUCGGCGGAAGUUGCAAAGCACAACAAGAAGGAUGAUGUCUGGGUAAUCAUUGACAAUCAGGUGUUGGACGUGACUAGCUUCUUGCCCGAUCACCCAGGAGGGGAGAAGGCGAUCUUGCUUUAUGCCGGUCGAGACGCUACAGAGGAGUUCAACAUGCUGCAUGAUCCUAAGGUCAUCCCAAGAUAUGCACCAGACUCUGUCAUUGGCUCGUUGAAGAAGUAG